GACUUGGAGAAAAUAGCUGCUCCCAUCUGUCUUUUAAUCUUUCCUGUGGAAAAUUUGGUGUGUCACGUGAUCCCAGCAAAGCAUUUAAAAGAGUCAAAUCGGCACGAGCCAGAGGUCAGUCUUCAGACAUCAGCCGAUCUUGGUGGUCUGUCAGCUUCCAGGAAAGACAUGUCGGACGCUGAGGAGAGCCUGAAGGAGCAGGAGGAGUAUGAUCAGGAUGAGGAGGACGAGGAAGAAGAGGUACAGGAGAGUGAGAAAAAGGCGCACGAGGAAGAGUCCAAACCUCGACCCAAGACUACAUAUGUGCCCAACAUCGCCCCACCCAAGCUGCCGGACGGUGAGAAGGUCGAUUUUGACGACCUUCACCGCAAGCGCGUCGAGAAAGACUUCAAUGACCUGCAUGGCCUCAUAGAGUUACACUUCUCCAACCGACAAAAGGAGGAGGAGGAACUAGUAGCCCUGCGCAACCGCAUCGAGCGGCGCCGCUCGGACCGGGCCGAACAGCAGCGGGAGCGCGCCGAGCAAGAGCGUGAACGUCAGGCCCGGUUGACGGAGGAGCGGGUGCGGCGUGAGGAGGAAGCGGCAAAGCUGCGUGCUGAGGAGGAGGCCAAGAAGAAGAAGAUGUUCACCAACAAGUCCUUUGGCGGCUAUCUACAGAAGGUGGACCAGAAGAAGGGCAAGAAGCUGACGGCACGGGAAGAGAAGAAGAAGGCGCUGCUGGAGCGCCGCAAGCCGCUCAACAUCGACCACCUCAAUCAGGACAAGCUGGCUGAGAAGGCGCAAGACCUGAGUCUGUGGCUGUACCAGCUUCAUGCCGAGAAGUUUGAGCUCACCGAGAAGCUCAAGCGGCAGAAGUACGACAUACAUGUGCUGCGGAACCGCGUCAACGACCACCAGCGAGGGUCCAAGGCAUCCAAGACCACACGUGGCGCCAAGGGAAAGUCCGGAUCCUGGAAGUGACCGCAUGGGGAAAACACAAAGAACUUUUUUAGCCAGCACCUGUCCUGAAGGCUACUCAUGAACUCGCCUUUAUCGUUUGUUCACAUUAAGAAUAUUCAACCUUGUUUGGUGGCAUGCAUUUACCCGAUGCCUAUGAUCGAGGUUUCGUAGAGCAUGGUUAGAAUCACAUUGUCCAAAAUUUUUGUUCUUGAACUGUGCAUUCUUUUCGUAAUUUUAGUCAUCUCCCUAUUUUGUCACUGCUGUGCUUUCAAUGAUGCAAAUGCAUGUUAGUUUAUGUAUGAAAUGUGCUAUAAAAAAAUAAAGCUGCCUUGCAUUGUCUAUUCCA